CAGCGAGGAGCUCAGGCCUACCUCAUUUUCGCCUGGCAGGUCAGCUGCUCUGUGUUUCAGUCUGAAGCCGUUGGCUGCUACUGAACCGUUUGGCUCUUUUCUCUACUAGCGAGCAAACCUACAUUCUAGACCCAACUGUCCAUCCAGCUCAUUUUUAAGGGGAUUUAUCAUUAUAUAUGCCCGUGUAUCCAAAACACAUCGGUCAUUGGGGAUUCCUAGCACCGGUCGGCCGGGUCUGACGGCCGUUAUAACGCUUUUUCGAGGUUUAAUUAGAGCUAGAAAACAACGGUGGUGGAGGAGGAGGAUAUUCCAUAUUAGGAGCACAGAGGAGAAGGCACCCCCCUUGUGUGAUUUGGAGCUUUUGGUUCUGAGCCCAUGGUACUAGGCCCUGACUGAACGUACUGGUGGGGCGUACAGACUUACUACUGUGUUUAGAUGAAGAUGGCAGAAGUUGCCGUCGCAGGGACAGGAGAUGGAAUGAGAUGACAUGCGUGUCGUGCUGACAGAUGUGACAUGCCCCGCACCGAUGAAAUGAAUACAAUGAAGCUAGGUGUGUGCGUGCUGACCUCAUGGUGUAACAGGAGUAAAGAUGAGCAUUAGCAGUGAUGAGGUCAACUUCCUGGUCUACAGAUACCUACAGGAGUCAGGGUUCUCCCACUCAGCAUUUACAUUUGGCAUAGAGAGUCACAUCAGCCAGUCCAACAUCAAUGGCGCUCUGGUUCCCCCUGCUGCCCUCAUCAGCAUCAUCCAGAAGGGCCUGCAGUAUGUCGAGGCUGAAGUCAGCAUCAAUGAGGACGGCACAUUAUUUGACGGGCGGCCCAUUGAGUCUCUGUCCCUGAUUGAUGCCGUGAUGCCGGACGUUGUUCAGACGAGGCAGCAGGCCUACCGGGACAAAAUGGCCCAGCAGCAGGCUGCCGCUUCAGCCCCAACAUCGGCCACAGGGGGCAGCAUCGCCGGCAACGCCAAGAACGGAGAGAAUACUGCCAACGGGGAGGAGAACGGAGCCCAUGCCUUAGCUAACAACCACGCAGACCUGAUGGAGGUGGACGGAGAUGUGGAGAUCCCUCAGAACAAGGCCAUGGUCUUGCGGGGCCACGAGUCCGAGGUCUUCAUCUGCGCCUGGAACCCAGUCAGUGAUCUGCUGGCAUCGGGGUCUGGGGAUUCGACGGCUCGCAUCUGGAACCUGAGUGAAAACAGUACAAGCAGCUCGACACAGCUGGUCCUGAGACACUGCAUACGGGAGGGAGGGCAGGACGUCCCCAGCAACAAAGACGUCACCUCGCUAGACUGGAAUAGCGAGGGCACGCUGCUAGCAACAGGCUCCUAUGACGGCUUUGCCAGAAUAUGGACGAAGGACGGGAACCUGGCCAGUACACUUGGCCAACACAAAGGUCCCAUCUUUGCCCUUAAGUGGAAUAAAAAAGGCAAUUUUAUCCUCAGUGCAGGAGUAGACAAGACAACAAUCAUAUGGGAUGCCCAUACAGGAGAAGCCAAACAACAGUUUCCCUUCCAUUCAGCUCCAGCACUAGACGUGGACUGGCAGAGCAACAAUACGUUCGCCUCCUGUAGUACAGACAUGUGCAUCCACGUCUGUAAACUGGGACAGGACCGACCCAUUAAAACAUUCCAGGGACACACAAAUGAAGUAAAUGCAAUCAAGUGGGAUCCCACAGGGAACCUGCUAGCCUCCUGCUCAGACGACAUGACGCUGAAGAUCUGGAGUAUGAAGCAGGACUCGUGUGUCCAUGACCUGCAGGCCCACAGUAAAGAAAUCUACACCAUCAAAUGGAGUCCCACCGGCCCUGGAACCAACAACCCCAGCGCUAACCUCAUGCUAGCCAGUGCAUCGUUUGACUCCACAGUUCGUCUUUGGGACGUGGAGAGAGGCAUCUGUAUCCAUACGCUGACUAAACACCAGGAGCCGGUCUACAGCGUGGCCUUUAGCCCCGACGGGCGACAUCUGGCCAGUGGCUCCUUUGACAAAUGCGUGCACAUCUGGAAUACACAGACGGGCGCUUUAGUCCACAGUUACAGAGGGACGGGGGGAAUCUUUGAGGUUUGCUGGAAUGCAGCAGGGGACAAAGUGGGAGCCAGCGCAUCAGACGGAUCUGUGUGUGUACUAGACCUUCGGAAAUAGUGCUGCUGUUUGUUGGAAGCCAUGGACCGACCAUGAAUGUGUACAUAGCCAAAUGACUGUCCCAGCCUGCCCUGCGUACUGCUCGCGCUUACGACUAUUGGCCCCGCCGACCGACAGACAGGAAGCAGGAAACAGGAACAGGAAGCAAGCAAGCACUCACCCACCCGACACAGCAGGUCCAGACACAGGGAUGAACAGAUGGACAGACAGACGGACAGACGGACAGAAGGAUGGAUCAACGGGCGGAUGGAAGCGCCCCUCUCUAUCUGUACAGACUCUUACAGAGAUGCAGAAGGGACGCAGUGGAAAAAAAGUAAAAACUGAUAGACACAAAAAAAAAAAAAUAAAAAAAUAAAAAAAAAGUUACAGAUCCGUAUAUGUACCAAAAUUUGGAAGCUAUUUUGCUUUUUUUGAUCUUUAAACCAUGCUCAUUGUCAUCAAAAUGAAAAACAAUGAAAAAAGUGUUGAUCUUUGUUACUAGUUGGAGCUCAUUGUGCAGACAUAUCAACUUCUCCACCAUAAAAUAGGAUGGCACUUAGUUUUUUUUUGUUUUUUUUUAAAAUUUCAGAUCUCUUGUUUCAGUGUUUUUAUAUUUUUUAUCUUUGGGAGAGGGGACGGGCUGGUCAGGUCAAGAGUUUUAAUAUUUUGAGAAGUACAUGCAGACAAACACACUGAGACAUUCACACCCAAACAGUUCUGGAAAACAGUGACCUCGUCAGGAUUGCAAACCAAUGUGGCAAAUCGAAAGGCUUCUCCUUAUGGUUCAGUAGUGGUUCUUGCAGUCAUACGGUUAACCUCAAAAUGCAGUAGCUCGUGUGUUGUCUUUUCUCCAGAGGACAAACUCUGGAUUCCCCCCUGUACAUCCACUGGGACGCGACACAGAUGAUGUCCAUCUAGAUGGCUUUAAAAACAGGUCGACUGUGCACUAUUUGAUCUAGAUGGUUUUACCCACAGUUCUCCUCUCUGGACCCUUUGGCCAUAGCAGUUACCUGUGUGAUGAAAAAAAAAAAAUAAAAAAAAAAUAAAAAGCUUCUAUUGGCAAGAAGCUGACCUCUGCUUGUCUGAAUGUUUAAGGCUGUUGUGAGUUUCAGUAAUGCAACAGUUAAGUCAGGUCCCAGCUCACAUUACAUUCUGUCCUCAGCCAAUAGGAUUCCAGCUGUUGUUUUUUUUUGCUAACCCUUUACCAAACGGCAUUCACUCAGCAUCUCUAAGACUUCAAACAUUUCUAAUCGUGAUUCACCCUCAAAGGUCUCCGAUCACCAAACACAUGAUGCCCUGAAGUGUGGUGGUGAAAAAAGUGAAAGUGUUGUUCCACUUUUUAGCUUUUGCAGAUUCUCAGAGUUAGAUGCACUGGAGGCAGAAAUAAGCUCAGCGACUAAAAA